AUUAACAGUCCGAUUAACGGAAACGGAGGGGGAUUCAACGGAGGGUAACAUCUGAGUUUCAAGGUGACUUGGGCCGUACUACUCUUACCACUUACAAAAAGGGUUAAGAAAACCCUAAUCUCUCUCGACAUCUCUCAAUCAGACCGGACAAGUUUCUUCUGCUUCCGCAUCUCUCAGAUACUACACAGGCUUAAAUGGAAGAUUCUUCUACAGUACCCACACAGGAGGAAGUCUCUGAGAAGGACCGUGAUGCAUUCACUGUUGUUAUUGGAAGCAAGACAUCAGUUCUUGAAGGAGAAGGCACAUCUGAUGCUAAUGUGAAAGAUAUAACCGUUGAGUCUUUUUCAGUCUCUGUUCGAGGUAAAGAGCUUCUGAAGAACGCGACUGUGAAGAUCUCACAUGGGAAAAAGUAUGGAUUGGUGGGGUCUAACGGAACGGGGAAGUCUACAUUGUUGAAGCUUUUGGCUUGGAGGAAGAUUCCGGUUCCCAAGAAUAUCGAUGUUCUUUACGUUGAGCAAGAGGUGGUUGCUGAUGAAAAGACUGCUUUGCAAGUAGUUGUUUCUGCUAAGGAAGAGUUGGUUAAGCUAAGAGAAGAAGCUGAAGCUCUGCAGAACUCAGAUGAUGAUUGUGGAGAAAAGCUUGUUGAGUUGUAUGAGAGGCUACAGGUCUUGGGGUCAGACGCUGCUGAAGCAAAGGCUUCCAAGAUUCUUGCCGGGUUAGGUUUCACAAAAGAGAUGCAAGUGCGUGCAACUGAGUCGUUCAGUGGUGGCUGGAGGAUGAGAAUAUCGUUAGCUAGAGCUCUCUUUGUGCAACCUACUUUAUUGUUGUUAGAUGAACCCACCAACCAUCUGGACCUGAGAGCUGUUCUGUGGUUGGAGGAGUACUUGUGUCUCUGGAAGAAGACAUUGGUUGUUGUUUCACAUGACAGGGACUUCCUCAACACUGUCUGCACGGAUAUAAUACAACUUCAUGAUCAGAAACUCCACUUGUACCGCGGUAACUACGAUGAUUUCGAAACUGGAUAUGAGCAGCGACGCAAGGAGAUGAACAAGAAGUUUGAGAUUCACGAAAAACAGGUUAAAGCAGCUAAGAGAUCUGGAGACCGUGCUCAACAGGAGAAGGUAAAGGACAAGGCCAAGCUUGCUGUGAAGAAAGAAGCAUCCAAGAGGAAGGCAAAGGGUAAGGCGGUGGAUGAAGAUGGCCCAGCACCUGAAGCUCCUAAAAAGGACAACGGUUAUAGCGUGGAGUUUCAUUUUCCAGAACCAACCGAGCUCACUCCUCCUCUUCUUCAGCUGCUUGAGGUUAGCUUCUGCUACCCUGACAGGCCAGAUUUCAAGCUCUCAGAUGUUGAUGUGGGUAUAGAUAUGGGUACAAGGGUUGCUAUAGUUGGGCCUAAUGGAGCUGGGAAGUCUACUCUUUUGAACCUUCUUGCUGGUGACUUGGUUCCAACCGAGGGUGAAGUGGGAAGAAGCCAAAAGCUGAGGAUUGGCAGAUACUCUCAGCACUUUGUUGACUUGUUAACAAUGGAUGAAACACCUGUUGAGUAUCUUCUCCGUCUUCAUCCUAACCCUCGCCAAGAGGGAAGUGCCACAACCCCAGAAGAGGCGGUGCGUGCAAAGCUAGGCAAGUUUGGGCUACCAAGUGACAACCACAAAACUUCAAUAACCAACCUGUCUGGUGGACAAAAAGCUAGAGUUGUGUUCGCCUCAAUCUCAAUGUCCAAGCCACACAUUUUGCUUCUUGACGAGCCUACGAAUCACUUAGACAUGGAGAGUAUAGAUGCGUUGGCAGGUGCAUUAGAUGAGUUCAGUGGAGGAGUUGUGCUGGUGAGUCAUGACUCGAGACUCAUAUCACGUGUGUGUGAGGAUGAGGAGAAGAGUCAGAUUUGGGUUGUGGAAGAUGGAACAGUGUCUUUCUUUGACGGCACGUUUGAAGAGUACAAAGAAGAACUCCAAAUACAAAUCAGAGAAGAGGUUGAUGAGUGAUGUUUUGUUGUUGGCUUCUAAAGUUAAAACUCAGACUCAUUUUAUAUUCAUAACAGACUCGAAAAGUAUUGUGUGUGUUUUCUUCAUAUAUGCGUUACUGGCAUGACACCAUA